AUGCACAGCAAUGGGCGAGCCCAAGACGAGCCCGAGGACGACGUGUUUGCUGAAGGCUCGAAAUUCGUGUCGCUGAACAAUGUGUCGAUCACGGGUGGUACUAAGCGCCAGACACGUGCGAGGAAACCUAAAGAAGUGCGGAAGGGGAAGCGUUAUACUUUGGUCCGCACGGGCAAGAAAGGCUGCGCUGAUGCACUUGGUGAUGGCGGUUGUGGAGCAGACACAUACACUCAAGGCAAUGGUCAACAUGCACAUAACGCCUCAUUUCCAGCUGCAGCCGCCACUAUCACUCCCUCCUCCGCCUAUGUCAACGCAGCGGCGACUCAUCAGCUCGUCGCCUGUCACUCAAUCCCUGGCCUGCCCUCCGCCUCUGCCUCCCUUUCAGCUGCAGCCGCCACUAUCUCUCCCUCCUCCGCCUAUGUCAACGCAGCGGCGACUCAUCAGCUCGCCGCCUCUCAGUCAUUCCCUGGCCUGCCCUCCGCCUCUGCCUCCCUUUCACCUGCAGCCCCCACUAUCACUCCCUCCUACGCCUAUGUCAACACAGCGGCGACUCAUCAGCUCGCCGCCUCUCACUCAAACCCUGGCCUGCCCUCCGCCUCUGCCUCCCUUUCAGCUGCAGCCGCCACUAUCUCUCCCUCCUCCGCCUAUGUCGACGCAGCGGCGACUCAUCAGCUCGCCGCCUCUCAGUCAUUCCCUGGCCUGCCCUCCGCCUCUGCCUCCCUUUCAGCUGCAGGCGCCAAUAUCACUCCCUCCUCCGCCUAUGUCAACACAGCGGCGACUCAUCAGCUCGCCGCCUCUCACUCAAACCCUGGCCUGCCCUCCGCCUCUGCCUCCCUUUCAGCUGCAGCCGCCACUAUCUCUCCCUCCUCCGCCUAUGUCGACGCAGCGGCGACUCAUCAGCUCGCCGCCUCUCACUCAAUCCCUGGCCUGACCUCCGCCUCUGCCUCCCCUUCAGCUGCACCCGCCACUAUCACUCCCUCCUCCAGAGAUUUCAACGCAGCGGCGGCGACUCAUCAGCUUGCUACCCGGAUCUCUCCCUCCGCUGCCUAUGUGCACGUCUCGGUUCCUGGCCAGUCCAGGCCCGCAGUUGCACCUGGAUCGACCUCCCUGACACCUGCUCCCAGUGCACUCUCACCCUCGCCCUCCUAUAUCAAUCCUGGGUUGCACCCAACCAACUCAGGUCAGCCUGGCUCCGGCCUCAUCCCACCAGCCUCUGCACCCCCUGCUGCCGCAGUGGCGCCCCCUACUACACAAUUGCAGCCGUCUGGACUCCCAUGGGCACUCCGUGCGCGCAAACAGAAGUCCGCUCUCCCAGACCCUGGACCAUCACAUGUGGAGGCCGGGUCGGAUGAAGACUCCGACGAUGAUGACUCCUUGGAGAAUCAUUAUGAGCAUGAUGGUGAACAGCGGCCUGCUGCAACCAGGGUUUCGCGAGCCGCUUUUGAGGCCGCGCAAGCGCAAAUCCGACAACAGGCGCGACGCAUAGCUGAGUUGGAGAAUCAGCAACCUCAGCAAAAAGGCACUCAUACUGGCAGUCACGCCAUGGUUAUGCGCCAGGCCAAUAUGCCCAGCCCUUCCCAACAGUUGCCGGUUGCACCCCAGCUUGCUCCUUCAACCACUCGACCUUGCACCCAGCCAAAUGCAACACCGACCCUGAUUUUCUCACCAGUGGUGUGGCCACGAACGCAGGCCGCUUUUAGCCGUGCUGUGGCAAAGGCACACAUCAGACGACAGGCCAUCGACUGCUCUGCAAUGUCGCCACGGCAACACGGGUGGUACAAUAACGUCAUCACGGCGUUAGAUGCUUUCCCGGAUGUGAACGGGGACCUUAAGUGUACCCUCUUUCCCUCCCUGUUUUCCCCUCCCCACCCCAGCAGCAAGCAAGGCCAGCCAAGGCAGAGCCCAACAGUCCCCAGUGUACCCUCUUUCCCUCCCUGUUUUCCCCUCCCCACCCCAGCAGCAAGAAAGGCCAGCCAAGGCAGAGCCCAACAGUCCCCAGUGUACCCUCUUUCCCUCCCUGGUUUCCCCUCCCCACCCCAGCAGCAAGCAAGGCCAGCCAAGGCAGAGCCCAACAGUCCCCAGUGUACCCUCUUUCCCUCCCUGGUUUCCCCUCCCCACCCCAGCAGCAAGCAAGGCCAGCCAAGGCAGAGCCCAACAGUCCCCAGUGUACCCUCUUUCCCUCCCUGGUUUCCCCUCCCCACCCCAGCAGCAAGCAAGGCCAGCCAAGGCAGAGCCCAACAGUCCCCAGUGUACCCUCUUUCCCUCCCUGGUUUCCCCUCCCCACCCCAGCAGCAAGCAAGGCCAGCCAAGGCAGAGCCCAACAGUCCCCAGUGUACCCUCUUUCCCUCCCUGUUUUCCCCUCCCCACCCCAGCAGCAAGCAAUGCCAGCCAAGGCAGAGCCCAACAGUCCCCAGUGUACCCUCUUUCCCUCCCUGGUUUCCCCUCCCCACCCCAGCAGCAAGCAAGGCCAGCCAAGGCAGAGCCCAACAGUUCCCAGUGUACCCUCUUUCCCUCCCUGGUUUCCCCUCCCCACCCCAGCAGCAAGCAAGGCCAGCCAAGGCAGAGCCCAACAGUCCCCAGUGUACCCUCUUUCCCUCCCUGGUUUCCCCUCCCCACCCCAGCAGCAAGCAAGGCCAGCCAAGGCAGAGCCCAACAGUCCCCAGUGUACCCUCUUUCCCUCCCUCUUUUCCCCUCCCCACCCAAGCAGCAAGAAAGGCCAGCCAAGGCAGAGCCCAACAGUCCCCAGUGUACCCUCUUUCCCUCCCUGGUUUCCCCUCCCCACCCCAGCAGCAAGCAAGGCCAGCCAAGGCAGAGCCCAACAGUCCCCAGUGUACCCUCUUUCCCUCCCUGUUUUCCCCUCCCCACCCCAGCAGCAAGCAAGGCCAGCCAAGGCAGAGCCCAACAGUCCCCAGUGUACCCUCUUUCCCUCCCUGGUUUCCCCUCCCCACCCCAGCAGCAAGCAAGGCCAGCCAAGGCAGAGCCCAACAGUCCCCAGUGUACCCUCUUUCCCUCCCUGGUUUCCCCUCCCCACCCCAGCAGCAAGCAAGGCCAGCCAAGGCAGAGCCCAACAGUCCCCAGUGUACCCUCUUUCCCUCCCUGGUUUCCCCUCCCCACCCCAGCAGCAAGCAAGGCCAGCCAAGGCAGAGCCCAACAGUCCCCAGUGUACCCUCUUUCCCUCCUUUCUUUCCCCUCCCCACCCCAGCAGCAAGCAAGGCCAGCCAAGGCAGAGCCCAACAGUCCCCAGUGUACCCUCUUUCCCUCCCUGUUUUCCCCUCCCCACCCCAGCAGCAAGCAAGGCCAGCCAAGGCAGAGCCCAACAGUCCCCAGUGUACCCUCUUUCCCUCCCUGGUUUCCCCUCCCCACCCCAGCAGCAAGCAAGGCCAGCCAAGGCAGAGCCCAACAGUCCCCAGUGUACCCUCUUUCCCUCCCUGUUUUCCCCUCCCCACCCCAGCAGCAAGCAAGGCCAGCCAAGGCAGAGCCCAACAGUCCCCAGUGUACCCUCUUUCCCUCCCUGUUUUCCCCUCCCCACCCCAGCAGCAAGCAAGGCCAGCCAAGGCAGAGCCCAACAGUCCCCAGUGUACCCUCUUUCCCUCCCUGGUUUCCCCUCCCCACCCCAGCAGCAAGCAAGGCCAGCCAAGGCAGAGCCCAACAGUCCCCAGUGUACCCUCUUUCCCUCCCUGGUUUCCCCUCCCCACCCCAGCAGCAAGCAAGGCCAGCCAAGGCAGAGCCCAACAGUCCCCAGUGUACCCUCUUUCCCUCCCUCUUUUCCCCUCCCCACCCAAGCAGCAAGAAAGGCCAGCCAAGGCAGAGCCCAACAGUCCCCAGUGUACCCUCUUUCCCUCCCUGGUUUCCCCUCCCCACCCCAGCAGCAAGCAAGGCCAGCCAAGGCAGAGCCCAACAGUCCCCAGUGUACCCUCUUUCCCUCCCUCUUUUCCCCUCCCCACCCCAGCAGCAAGAAAGGCCAGCCAAGGCAGAGCCCAACAGUCCCCAGUGUACCCUCUUUCCCUCCCUGUUUUCCCCUCCCCACCCCAGCAGCAAGCAAUGCCAGCCAAGGCAGAGCCCAACAGUCCCCAGUGUACCCUCUUUCCCUCCCUCUUUUCCCCUCCCCACCCCAGCAGCAAGCAAGGCCAGCCAAGGCAGAGCCCAACAGUCCCCAGUGUACCCUCUUUCCCUCCCUGGUUUCCCCUCCCCACCCCAGCAGCAAGCAAGGCCAGCCAAGGCAGAGCCCAACAGUUCCCAGUGUACCCUCUUUCCCUCCCUGGUUUCCCCUCCCCACCCCAGCAGCAAGCAAGGCCAGCCAAGGCAGAGCCCAACAGUCCCCAGUGUACCCUCUUUCCCUCCCUGGUUUCCCCUCCCCACCCCAGCAGCAAGCAAGGCCAGCCAAGGCAGAGCCCAACAGUCCCCAGUGUACCCUCUUUCCCUCCCUCUUUUCCCCUCCCCACCCAAGCAGCAAGAAAGGCCAGCCAAGGCAGAGCCCAACAGUCCCCAGUGUACCCUCUUUCCCUCCCUGGUUUCCCCUCCCCACCCCAGCAGCAAGCAAGGCCAGCCAAGGCAGAGCCCAACAGUCCCCAGUGUACCCUCUUUCCCUCCCUGUUUUCCCCUCCCCACCCCAGCAGCAAGCAAGGCCAGCCAAGGCAGAGCCCAACAGUCCCCAGUGUACCCUCUUUCCCUCCCUGGUUUCCCCUCCCCACCCCAGCAGCAAGCAAGGCCAGCCAAGGCAGAGCCCAACAGUCCCCAGUGUACCCUCUUUCCCUCCCUGGUUUCCCCUCCCCACCCCAGCAGCAAGCAAGGCCAGCCAAGGCAGAGCCCAACAGUCCCCAGUGUACCCUCUUUCCCUCCCUGGUUUCCCCUCCCCACCCCAGCAGCAAGCAAGGCCAGCCAAGGCAGAGCCCAACAGUCCCCAGUGUACCCUCUUUCCCUCCUUUCUUUCCCCUCCCCACCCCAGCAGCAAGCAAGGCCAGCCAAGGCAGAGCCCAACAGUCCCCAGUGUACCCUCUUUCCCUCCCUGUUUUCCCCUCCCCACCCCAGCAGCAAGCAAGGCCAGCCAAGGCAGAGCCCAACAGUCCCCAGUGUACCCUCUUUCCCUCCCUGGUUUCCCCUCCCCACCCCAGCAGCAAGCAAGGCCAGCCAAGGCAGAGCCCAACAGUCCCCAGUGUACCCUCUUUCCCUCCCUGUUUUCCCCUCCCCACCCCAGCAGCAAGCAAGGCCAGCCAAGGCAGAGCCCAACAGUCCCCAGUGUACCCUCUUUCCCUCCCUGUUUUCCCCUCCCCACCCCAGCAGCAAGCAAGGCCAGCCAAGGCAGAGCCCAACAGUCCCCAGUGUACCCUCUUUCCCUCCCUGGUUUCCCCUCCCCACCCCAGCAGCAAGCAAGGCCAGCCAAGGCAGAGCCCAACAGUCCCCAGUGUACCCUCUUUCCCUCCCUGGUUUCCCCUCCCCACCCCAGCAGCAAGCAAGGCCAGCCAAGGCAGAGCCCAACAGUCCCCAGUGUACCCUCUUUCCCUCCCUCUUUUCCCCUCCCCACCCAAGCAGCAAGAAAGGCCAGCCAAGGCAGAGCCCAACAGUCCCCAGUGUACCCUCUUUCCCUCCCUGGUUUCCCCUCCCCACCCCAGCAGCAAGCAAGGCCAGCCAAGGCAGAGCCCAACAGUCCCCAGUGUACCCUCUUUCCCUCCCUCUUUUCCCCUCCCCACCCCAGCAGCAAGAAAGGCCAGCCAAGGCAGAGCCCAACAGUCCCCAGUGUACCCUCUUUCCCUCCCUGUUUUCCCCUCCCCACCCCAGCAGCAAGCAAUGCCAGCCAAGGCAGAGCCCAACAGUCCCCAGUGUACCCUCUUUCCCUCCCUGUUUUCCCCUCCCCACCCCAGCAGCAAGAAAGGCCAGCCAAGGCAGAGCCCAACAGUCCCCAGUGUACCCUCUUUCCCUCCCUGGUUUCCCCUCCCCACCCCAGCAGCAAGCAAGGCCAGCCAAGGCAGAGCCCAACAGUCCCCAGUGUACCCUCUUUCCCUCCCUGGUUUCCCCUCCCCACCCCAGCAGCAAGCAAGGCCAGCCAAGGCAGAGCCCAACAGUCCCCAGUGUACCCUCUUUCCCUCCCUGUUUUCCCCUCCCCACCCCAGCAGCAAGCAAUGCCAGCCAAGGCAGAGCCCAACAGUCCCCAGUGUACCCUCUUUCCCUCCCUCUUUUCCCCUCCCCACCCCAGCAGCAAGCAAGGCCAGCCAAGGCAGAGCCCAACAGUCCCCAGUGUACCCUCUUUCCCUCCCUGAUUUCCCCUCCCCACCCCAGCAGCAAGCAAAGCCAGCCAAGGCAGAGCCCAACAGUCCCCAGUGUACCCUCUUUCCCUCCCUGGUUUCCCCUCCCCACCCCAGCAGCAAGCAAAACCAGCCAAGGGAGAGCCCAACAGUCCCCAGUGUACCCUCUUUCCCUCCCUGUUUUCCCCUCCCCACCCCAGCAGCAAGCAAAGUCAGCCAAGGCAGAGCCCAACAGUCCCCAGUGUACCCUCUUUCCCUCCCUGUUUUCCCCUCCCCACCCCAGCAGCAAGCAAGGCCAGGAUAG